AUGAUCAAGUCCAUCCCCAUCGUUCGACGACUUAUCCAUCCGGUUUUCUUCCUCUCCCACUAUGUCUUGGCAAUUUCCGCUGCCUGGGCUAAUUGGAUGCACCUUCCACGAAAUCCGUACGGACCAUGGUACCUGGUUUAUCCAACCACUGGCCUCUUCACAUCGACGUGUCUUGCUGUUAUUGGGAUCGCCCUUUAUCGCAACGGGUUUCUGGCGAAAAAAUGGAGCAAGGCCACCAUCGAACGGCGGGGUGAUGGUAGUUUACGGGUUGACUUUAGCCCCGGACGCCCUGUGACGGUUCUUCCGGGGCAAUACGUGGACCUGUGGAUGCCAUCGCUCAAUCCAUGGUCAUGGUUUCAGUGUGCAUCAUUCAUUGUAAUUUCAUGGUCGCCUGAUCCACAGACGUCGUUACAGCUCCUGGCAAAAUGUCCCAGCCGGGCGUUUGGGUUUACCUGGAUGCUCUCAUGGCGCGCUUUGAGUGGUUCUCGUCACAACCUUGCCCUUAUCAGCGGCCCACACGGUCUGAGUGAGCCCGUGUCUAGAUACGAGACGGUGCUUCUCAUUGCUAGUGAUUCCGGAAUUCUCGCAGUGAAGCCAUACGUAGACCACCUGUUUCACAGCGUCAAGAAAAGGACGUCCAAAACUCGCCGUCUAUGUCUGGUAUGGCAGAUCCGGGGUCAUGUGAUAGGAAAGAACAUCCUCCACGACAUGAAGCAGUGGGUCAACAGGCUCCUUUACAACGACAUUGAGGACGAGACACAGAUGCUGCAGAUUAUCAUAUUCGAUCCGAUGCAGAUCUCUACUUCGACUACGGACCAUGGUCGUGGAAUUAUUUACCAUAAGGAAGCUGACUUUGAUACCAUAUUGGGCGAGGAGGUGCAAGGUCAUCGGGAGCGCCUAGCGCAAGACGUUAAAGAGGAACGAGGGGGGAUGUUGGUAAUGACGUCGGCUUCCGAUGAAGUUCGAGAUCGGUUAAAGCAAUCGGUUCAGAGCUACUUGCAUUGGGUUCGGUAUACCGAGCUAGACUAUCAGCCAAUCCGCUGA